AUCGAUACGCGACGGGGGCACCGUCAACUCGUUCGCCGAGAAACAGUUCACUCUCUACUUACUUGCAUACGUGGGCAAAGUAGAAAACGCGUUGACUACGACACACGUAACGUCGAUGCAUACUGUACGUGGUGCAAGAAAGAGAGAGAGAGUACGAUUCCUGUGAUACGACUGGAAUUAAAUAAGUCGCUGUAAAAUGGCAAUCAGCAGCUGGAAAAGAGGCUAAGGUGCAGAUGCAAAGGAUCUUCGUUUCCUUUUAUCGAAGCACGGAACAAAUAAACGUGGUAUUUGAAAAUUGGAUGUAUUACGGCGCCCGUAACAGUCUGUCCAUAUAUAGGUCAGUAUAAUUUCCAUGAUUUUCUUAAAUGUACGAAGACGAAGUAUGAUCGCACCUUGAACUACGAUCGUCUUAAAAUUCUUACGCGAUACUUUUUACCACAUUUAUAACAGAUUUCAAAAAAUGGAAUCGUCCGCUUGUUGCGGUCACCGCGCAUCGUCGUCGACUGUAAACGGUCAUAAAAUGUUGAGCGUUGAAUUGUUUCAGAAGCACGAAAUAUUAGGAUGGAAAUGUAUCGAUCGAAUACACGGAGGUGUGCAAGUGGCGUAGGUGUAAAAAUAGCGUAGUAGACAAUCGUCACGGUCAGUUGACCGCGUGUCCAUCCAAACGGACAUCCUGCGGCGAAGGGUGAUGGCUCCUACAUACAGAGGCUACGCUCGAACAGCGGCAUUUGCUACGAUCGUAUCGAGGCCACGAGAUUCUCUUUUCUGGCCGCUCGUGACCCGGAGAACUCUCGUGGAAGAGGAGAAUUCCGCGCGGUAAUUACGUUGACGCGUGACAUUUGUUACACCAGCGUCGCCAUUGACAUGAUUCGCGUCUUGAAAACAGGUGCACGGUGGGCAUAAAACCGAUGGAACACGAGAAUUUGCGAGCAGAUCGAACACUGUGUACCAUAAUACCGUACAACAAAAUUCUCCACGCGAAGAGGAUCCAGUUUUUGUCGGACGCUCCGGUACAUGACGCCUCGAUGAAGCAAUAUCUCGCGACUGCCUGGAAUAAUGUCCCGUGAUGACGGUUUUAUCGGUCACGGAAUGCGGCUGUGAACGUGGUAUCGGCUCCAGGUAACAACAAAUAGUCCUGCUACGCGGAGAUAUCAAUAAAUGCUGGCGUUUCUAUUCGUCGAAAUAGGAUUGUCGCUUGACUAGCUGGCCGCUUGGAUGAUGCAUGAUUGCGAUGGAACGCGGUAUAAAUUUCCCUUCCGCGUCGCUCGUAAAUAUACCGCGCGUGAAUUACCGUUUCGUAGGGUUCGUUCAAAAGAAGCUGUCUAUGUAGUGGAAGAAAGGGAAGAAAAGAAGACAAGAAAGAAAAAGGAAGAGAGAAAGGUAAAAGGAGAAGAAAGGAGGAAUGGUGGCGAGGAUGAAAUCAGCGCGAUGAACGUCGGUGAAUCGGAAGAAAAGGGGACGAAAGUGGCGGCGAUUACCGAAGCAUGCGCUCCGGCUGACGACGAUAAAGGAGCGUAAACGCGACGUUCAGCCCGUGGCACCGGCGCGUUCCUCUUGUCUAAGCGCGACGUUGAUAAAUAAUCAUUGGUGUAUAGACGCGAGCAUCUACAUGCAGGUGUGCAGGUCCGGGGCGAAUGCGCGGCGACGCGACGCGACGCGCGACACCUGGUGCUGAUUAACGAAUCGGGGAAUCGGUUCUGGUCAGGUAGAAGGCUAAAUGGUCGGCUAAAUUGCCGCGUUAUUCUUGUAAACCGCGACGUUCCCGACUAUCCAAUUACUGGACGAGGUGGCAAGAUGUCUCGAGCUGGAUACACGCGUUCCAGCCACGGACUCGGAAUCGCGGCUUUUUUAACGCUGCCGACACCAUUAAGGGCGGCUAAUGAGCUCGGGGAAAAAAAUUAAUCGGCAAAUUUGGCGUGGCACCGAGCCGGCUGCAAACUGCCUUCGUUACCAUCCGGAUCACCGAAUUUAACAACUAACGUGUACCGCGACGAGGCCUUAAAGAUCGCUCCGCUUGCGCCUCUCUCUCUCUCUCUCUCUCUUUUCAGAAGAGGACCUCGUUGUUAUUAAUCGAUCGCAAAAGUGAGUGCCCGUCGGAGACGCGAACUGGGUGAGAAGUUCGAAAAUCGAUCGAUUAGUGAAAAUUACCUGGAGUUGGGUAUUUAUGUCCGAUGCUCAAAGGCGUGAAACGGUCGUUUGUAUUCAGUGAAAUGCUCGUAUUUCGAAUUACCUACUUGCAAUAACGAAACUGAUAGCGUUGUUGACAUAGUUAGAUCUCGGAUUAACAUUUGACGUUAUAUUUUACCUCUUCCUGCGUCGUUGAUAAAUUUGUAAUAAGAAAGCUUGAGAUCGAUAGUUAGAAAGCGCGACCGCUAAUCGACGAAAAGGAAGUGCAAUGAUUAAGUAACAUGACAUUAGAACAAAACGAAUCUAAAACGGAAUUCUUACACUUUGAGAUAAAGUGCAAUCGAGUCAGAUACGAGAUACGCUCGACUAUUUUAAAUUAUUAUCAUUCCCGUUAUAUUGUAGCCAUAAUGUAUGCUAGAAUCAACUUUUCAAUUAAUUAAUCGACACGUCAUUCCUGGUGGAAUCUAACGUAAAACGAUGAAACGUCCAAAGAUAUGCUUCAAAUGGAAGCAAAGAAUCUUCAGAAAAAAGACACCUAUCGAGAGAUACUAAGAGAGGAAUUAUCCAAAGAACAGCGAGACUCCGGACUGUUUAACGUUAGCGAAGGCGUACUACGCUUAUAGAGGUUCGUUUGACAGGCUGCUAUCUUUUCGAUUUCAUUUCUCUUUCCUUAUUAUUUCAGCCGUGUAAUUCGAUUUAACAGCGGUGUACUUCGAAAAUCCUUGUAUCCUCGCGUCAAACAGCUCCACUUUCCCGGUCAUCCUGUAGACGAGAUAAGCUCGUGUUAAACUAAUCUUCGUACUCGUCCAGCCACAAACCACCACGGAACAAGUUCUCUUUUUCUACAAAAUUUAUAUAUAUGCCAUUUUCUGGCAAGUGUGACAAUUCUUUCGUUACAUUGUAUGACGUUAGUGGCGAAUGCGAUCGUUUUCGAGCGAGAAGCGUGGCGUCUCCUGACAAAAUCGAAACGCGGAUACCAGAAUAAACAGCAUCGUCAAUUAAUUCCUGGAUCGCUUCCGAGACGCAAAUCGAUUCAGGGUCACGAUGAUUUUGGCAUAACUUCUUCAAAUUUUCUCGUGAUAUUAAAAUCCUAGUUCAAGAACACUAAUAGAGCGAUUGUCAAAAUUCCACGUGAAGAUCAAAUGAAAAUUACUAGUUUUGAGACUGGAGGUUCCUUCAGAAGUGACCCGAGGGUCAGUGCGUUAAAGAUUCGUUCGGGUAAACGAAAGAAACAAUUGGAAAAUGGGGAAACAGGCGCCGAAAAUGUCAGCCAGAGUGGUCAAUGCCAUUAGAAAUCUACGAGAGGCUCACGGUUCCACGUCGAAGGAGAUCAUGAAUUACAUCAUGUCACAGUGCAACGUCCCCGAGACGACCGUGCAGAGACAGAUGCAAGCAGCGUUAAAACGUGGGUUGGAUUGCGGUAUCCUGAAGAAGACGCAGGGCCACUACUUCUUGAACACGGAAGUCGAGCCGCAGCUCACGUCGAACCUGACGCCAACCGAAAGGUACGGAAGACGAAGAAGCAGACGACGACGAAGCAGCAGACGACGUAGUAGACGCCGAGGACGUCGACGUAGCAGAGGCAGACGUAGAAGUCGUCGUAGUCGUCGUCGCUCAAGACGAAGAAGACGUGGCGCCACUAUGAGAGCCAGGCGAAUUGGUUGCACCAGAUGCAGGUGUACCAAGAGAACCAGGAACGUGGACGUUCUGAGGAACAAUCCAGUGGAGCCACAAGAGCCAGAUAACGUGUGCAUGUGCGAGAAGGAGAGCAACGAGGAGAACCGAAGCAGGCAGAGCAGAAGUCGUGAUCAUAGUCUGAGUCGUAGUCGAUCAUCGGCAAACAGCGAUCGAGAUGGCGCCAUAACCGAUCGACGACCGAUCCAUGAUCAAGAUUAAUCGAUCAGGAAAGUCGGUUCAUACACUAUGAUGCGUGUGUGCAUCGUUAACGGUGACAAUCUCUCGGCGCGUUGUCAGACAACGCUCGGCUUGUCGAUCGACAUCCCCGUGAUGAUCGACGCCGAAUGGAACCGCUCGCGUCUCGGAGCGUCACCUGUCGUUCAUCACCUCUGUCUAAAUUGUGUAGCUCACUGAUCGUAUUACUAGAUCUAUUGCUCGUGUCAAUCAUUCUAUCAAGUAAUAAGUGUACCUUGAUUCAGUUUCGUCGUGUAACGUUCGAACGAAUAAAUGGA